AGUGGCCAUAUACACAGACUAAUUGAAAAAGCAAAUACCUUGUCCAGCAAUGGCUGACGAAACAAGGAAACAACUAGGUUCGUUUGGGGGCAAAGAAACAAGAAGCUGUGUGGUACUAUCAGCUUCCUUCUUCUGGGCUUUUGCUGCGUUUGUCGCCAUCCAGAACCUACAGAGCAGUCUCAACGAAGAGGCAGAUUUAGGAAUAAUUUCAUUAAGUGUGUUAUACGCGUGCAUGAUAUUUUCUGGAAUCAUAACUCCAACUGUUAUCCGACUUCUUGGUGUGAAGAGCUCAAUUAUUGUUUCCUGGGUUUGUCAUAUUCUGUACACUGCCUCCAAUUUCUAUCCAGCUUUCUUCACCUUGAUUCCCUCUUCAGUCCUUGUUGGCGCAAUCUCUUGUUUAUUGUGGACUUGUGCGAGCACCUACGUCACCGCCUGUUCCAACUCCCUUGCCAGUUCUACAGGACAAUCUCCUUACACUGUGGUAAGUAAAUUGAAUGGACUGUUCUUCACUGUGUUUGAAACCACCCAGAUUCCAGGCAACCUUGUGUCGUCUCUUAUUUUCCAACAAGGAUCAUACAGUAAUGGAACAGGAGAGACUGUUUGUGGGUCUGACUUUUGCCCUCAGGCAUCCAACGGGACUGACAUUGUCACACCAGAGAUGGGUCUGGUGUAUAUUAUGCUUGGCAUCUACCUUGGAUGUGAUAUCAUUGCGUUGAUCAUCACAAUUGUGUUCCUGCCACCUUUGCCGAAAAGUGAUUGGAGCAGCAACGUCAGCGUGAAGCAAUCUCUCGGUUCCUUCUUCGUAACUUUAUUUACCACCAAGCUGAUUUUCCUUGUUCCUUUCAUUAUGUUCCAGGCAGUGGAGCAAGCCAUAUUAUGGUCAGACUACACAAGGUCUUUUGUCAGCUGUCCUAUCGGAAUACACAAGGUUGGUUUUGUCAUGGCAACGUACGGGGCAACCACUGCUUCCUGCGCCUUCCUAUUCAGCCGCAUUGCGAAGUACGUUGGGCGAUACAUUCUCUUCUUCACUGCUGCCGGUUUACAAGGUGGGGUGUUUAUAACGCUGUAUCUGUGGACGCCGACAAGCGAUGACACCAAGUACAUCUUCCUAGUACCCCUUGCCUGGGGAAUGGGGGAAGGAAUAUGGCAAACUCAGUCAAACUCUCUCAUUGCUGUCCUGUUCCCGGAUAAGAAGGAGGCAGCCUUUGCUAAUUUCCACUCAUGGAAAUCCUUUGGAUUCACUCUGACCCUUGUACUCAGUAACUUUCUGUGUUUGGAGACAAAAUUGAUUUCCGCGCUGGUACUGUUAGCCUUGUCUAUGUCGAUGUAUACAGGCGUAGAGUUUUAUGCGAAAGUUCAUCAGAAUGCAUCAGCCACCGCUACUGUCCACCCUGUAACUUUAACAGCUGUCACAUCACGGAACACAGAUGAGCCCAGGAGAACAUGAUGUACACCUCCGUUAUCGUCAUUUUGUAUAAUCGGAGCGUCGAUGGCCAUGUCGGCCAGGGCGCUGAUACAAGUUGUACAUAUUUGCUUCCCUUGGGCAUGCCAGGAUCCUAUGAUUGAAGGGUUACUGUGUUAUAGGGUCAAUUAGGGCAUAGUGAAUGAGGUAUCACUUUGUCCAUUGUGGCUUCAUGGAGCAUCUUUAUUUGGAACGCCUAUAUUGAGAGUUCCGGUCAUGAACUGUUAUUAAAGUAAGAAGAAUUCCUUUAGAAAUUGUACUCCGUUUUAAACAUAUUAGAGUCUUAGUCUUGUAGGCUUAGUCAAUGACUGACGUUCUACAACAAUGGGGUUUAUCGUAUCACAGACGGAAUCGCCUUCAUUGCUUGUGUCAUUGAGUUUAAACAUUGUGAACUGUAAACAUUGUGAAUAUAACCAAUUUCUCCAUAUCUCCAAACAAUAUGUUGUUUGGAGUCUUUGAUAGGCAUUUAGAACUUUGAAGAACAUCAACACAUACCACCUUUAAUGGAAAGCACCUUCUUUUAGUCUUUGUCACGACGUUUCAGAGGUACUUCUUGCUCCUUCAUCAGGUGAAUGCUGAGUAUGUAACGACAAACUACUUAGGCUCAUCGUUUUGAUUUUAAAAUGUUUUUUGCAUCUGUAGCUGAUACAUUAUUCAGUCUCCAUACAAAAGCCCAAGCCCCCCCCCCCCCUCAGUAUAUUAGACAGUCGGUCCCUUAAAGGUGGUUUGAUGACGAGUUUGAACAACUGAAAAAACACACGAUCGUUCACUGAAUAGUUUAAGCAAACAUAAUGAUGGUCCAACGUUUGAAAAAUAUAAUAGAAUCAGGAAUGUGAAUAAUGGUACAUGUAAAUAACAAAGAAGAGAAUAUUUUGGGCAUAAACAAAAAUGUUUAGAACGAUGCAUUAUUGAAUCGUAGUUGUUUCGGUCCACCCUUACAUAUUUGAAUAUACACAAUCAUGGUUUUCAAAACAAUAUCAGAACCAUUGAAUGGUUUUAUAAUUUUAGAAAUAAUUUUGCUUCUAAUGGCGUGAAUAACAAAAGCGAUUUCAAUCCUGUGCCACCCAAUGAGAACGAAAAUCAGCCUUACACUUACACACCAUAUCACAAGAUGUUCUGGACACAAAAGAUGAAAAUCUUGACAGCAUUCAAAUCUCCUUGGACUGAUUCUGUGUUAAUAAUUAUUUAAUCAACCAAGUCAGCAAACCUGACCACCCGAUGCCGUUUGUCGCCUCUUACGACAAGCAUAGUCGCCUUUUACAGCAAGCAUGGGUUGCAGAAGACCUAUUCUACCUCGGAUCUUCAGGGGUCCCCAGAAUGAAAGAAUUCUUUGCAUGAAAUGUAUUGAAUAGAAACAGCGAAUACAAUCAGAAUGACUAAUGUGCCUUGUGUAUUACAAAUACGAGGGAACGAGUUCGUGAUUAUUGCAGUUUUAUGUCGUGAAUGCACAUGCGUACUCAUCCAGACUUAU